GUCCAGACUGAGUCAGCUGAUGUUGAGUUAACACCGUGAGAGCAAGGACCUUAUCUGCUGUUUGGUGCCAUCUCGCUACCCACAGGACCAGCUGUUCCGGAGCAUCCCGGACCGGAGCCAGGCGCAUCGGAGACUUGGAUCUAACAGGAGGCAGCAGCCGAGGCCUGCGCAGCGAUGUCAGUGUUAGAGGAAAGCCGACCGUUUGCCCAGCAGCUUUCCAAUGUCUACUUCACGAUCCUUUCGCUGUUCUGUUUCAAGCUUUUUGUGAAAAUCAGCCUGGCCAUCCUCAGUCACUUCUACAUUGUGAAAGGCAACCGCAAGGAAGCCGCACGGAUAGCAGCUGAGUUUUAUGGAGUAACCCAAGGACAAGGUUCCUGGGCAGAUCGAUCACCACUCCAUGAAGCGGCAAGUCAAGGUCGUCUUCUUGCUUUGAGAACAUUAUUAUCACAGGGUUAUAAUGUCAAUGCAGUAACCAUAGACCAUGUCACCCCAUUACAUGAAGCCUGCCUUGGAGAUCACGUGGCCUGUGCCAGAACGCUUCUGCAAGCUGGAGCUAACGUAAAUGCAAUCACCAUAGACGGCGUGACCCCAUUAUUCAAUGCAUGCUCACGAGGCAGCAGAAGCUGCACAGAACUGCUUCUAGAAUACGGCGCCAAACCCCAACUGGAGUCCUGUCUUCCUUCUCCUACACAUGAGGCCGCCAGCAAAGGUCACCACGAGUGUCUAGAAAUACUGAUAUCCUGGGGCAUAGACGUUGACCAAGACAUUCCUCAUCUGGGAACUCCUCUGUAUGUGGCUUGUAUGUCCCAGCAGUUCCAUUGCAUCCGGAAGCUUCUUUACGCUGGUGCUGACGUACAAAAAGGCAAAUACUGGGAUACCCCAUUACAUGCUGCUGCUCAACAGUCCUGUCCAGAAAUUGUUAACUUACUGCUGGAAUUUGGAGCAGAUAUCAAUGCCAAAAACACAGAGCUUCUGAGACCCAUAGAUGUGGCAACCUCUAGCAGUUUGGUGGAAAGAUUAUUGCUUCAACAUGAAGCCACCCCAAGCUCUCUGUGCCAGCUUUGCCGACUCUGUAUCAGAAACUACAUAGGAAGAGCAAGAUUACACCUUAUCCCACAGCUCCAGCUGCCAACAUUAUUGCAGAAUUUCUUACAGUACCGAUAAGGCAGUAAAAUAAUCCAAAAAAAAUUGAAAAUUAAGCAUUUCUAUUUCAUCCGCAUAGUGUAUAUUUCAUAUUAAAAUAUGCUAAAGGUAGGGUCAUGAGAUAUGAGAACAUGCAGGGAAGAAGUGAAGUAGCAAUUUUAGUUAAAGUGUACUAGUAUGUACUUUUAUUUUAUGCAUUUUUACUGUUUGUGGACUACUGUAUGUUUAAAAUAUCUAUAUAUUAUUAGCGAUUCCCAUAUAUCCCUUUGUUGAUU